GGCCCCGCGAGAGGGGGAGCCACAGAACCGGAGGCCAUGCCUCACGAGAAGAGUUUCUUGGUGUCUGGGGACAACUAUCCUCCCCCCAACCCUGGAUAUCCCGGGGUGCCCCCGCCCCCCAUGGCUCCUUACCCUGGGGCCCCGUACCCACCAGCCCAGUUCCAGCCUUCCCCCUACGCCCAGCCAGGGUAUCCCCAGGGCCCCAGUUCCUACCCCCAAGGGGGUUACCCUCAGGCCCCCUACCCCCAAGCAGGUUACUACCCCCAAGGGGGCUACCCUCAGGGGCCAUAUCCACAGAGCCCCUUUCCACCCAACCCCUACGGACAGCCACAGGCCUUCCCGAUCCAGGACUCUGGCUCACCUCCGCAUGGGACCUAUCACGAGGAGGGACCCCCGUCCUACUAUGACAACCAGGACUUCCCUGCCACCAACUGGGACGACAAGAGCAUCCGCCAGGCUUUCAUCCGGAAGGUGUUCCUGGUGCUGACCGUGCAGCUGUCCGUGACUCUGUCCACCGUGGCCGUGUUCACGUUUGUCAAGGAAGUGAAGGGUUUUGUCCGGGAGAAUGUCUGGACCUACUAUGUCUCCUACGCCGUCUUCUUCAUCUCCCUCAUCGCCCUCAGCUGCUGUGGGGAAUUCCGCCGAAAGCACCCCUGGAACCUCAUUGCACUGUCGAUCCUGACCAUCAGCCUGUCCUACAUGGUGGGCGUGAUCGCCAGCUUCUACAACACCGAGGCGGUCAUCAUGGCUGUGGGCAUCACCACCAUCGUCUGCUUCACGGUGGUCAUCUUCUCCAUGCAGACCCGCUACGACUUCACCUCGUGCAUGGGCGUGCUGCUGGUGAGCAUGGUGGUGCUGGUCCUCUUCGCCAUCCUCUGCAUCUUCAUCCGCAACCGCAUCCUGGAGAUCGUGUACGCCUCGCUGGGCGCGCUGCUCUUCACCUGCUUCCUGGCAGUGGACACCCAGCUGCUGCUGGGGAACAAGCAGCUGUCGCUGAGCCCGGAGGAGUACGUGUUCGCGGCGCUUAACCUGUACACGGACAUCAUCAACAUCUUCCUGUUCAUCCUCACCAUCAUCGGCCGCGCCAAGGAGUAGCCCGAGCCCUGCCACGCGGGGGGCCCCACACGGGCGGUGUGGCUGGCGUGGCAGUGCCAUCUGGACCUCCCCUCUCUCCCCCCGGAUGCAGCCUGGGACAGAGGAAGCCCCUCUCCAACCCUCCUGUGUGUACACUGCAGAUACUUCUGUUUGGACCCGCUGUGGCCAGCACGGCCCCGUCUAGCCCUCCCGCUCUGACCAAGGGCAGCGGGGCUAGGUUUCUGUGCCACCUCCUGCCCACUCACUGUUGCAUGAGCCCUGUCUGCCAGCCCACCCCAGGGGGCAAUACCAGGUCCCAGGGGAGAGGGAUCGAGCCAAGAGGUGAGGGUGCACGUCCCCCCUCCUGUCCCAGCUCCCCGCCUGGCAUUAAGUAUCCCCUUCUCCCCACCCCCACCCCGGAGUGCUGCCCUCUGGGGCACCUGCAGGGUGAGGGUCUCGUUCCUGUGCUGAGCCCUGAGGGCAGAGAGCAUGGAAUAUUCCGGGGGAGAAGGAGGCCUUUCUCUCGCUCUGCUGUCUUUAAAAUUCCAAUAAAUGGGACCCUCUGCUCUCUCUGCUCCUCUU